AUAUUGGACACCAUCGUCCCUUCCUUGCGGGACCUGAACAAGCCGGUGCUGCAUACUCUUCGUACUCUUCGGUCGCUGAGCCAGGAGGAAGUGUCUACUAUCUGGGGGAAUGUGUCAGAAUUUGUGCAACGACAGCUAUCCCUACAAAAGGCAAGAUUUAUACUUUAAGUUUAAUGCAAGAGUCCAAAGGAUCUUUCUUCCUUGGUCUUGUAUAAUUUUGCUGGGAGCAAGAUAACAGAUUUUAGAGCCAUUCAAUUUGACUUUCAGUCCUGUGAUUUUAUGAUGCUCACACUAUGACUUACAGAUAGCAUUUAACAAACAUGGAUUUUAUUCUUAGGUAAUGAAUUUGUAAAAGUUCUCUCUAGUGAUACCAAGCAGAUCACUGACCAGUCUGGAUGUGUGUAGAGGAACUAGAUGAAUUCUGUUGAUCUGUGACCUGAUAGUUUCUGGCAUUGCUAUAGAAGGAUGUAAUGCUUCCUGCCAUGCCUCUUUGCAGGGAAUGGGUUUUAACUGAAAUACAAGAAGACAAUCUGGGAUUGAACUCAUCUUGCCAAAAAUGGGAAACUUUGCCCAGACUUCAGUUUGGAUGCCAUGGAAUUGGACAGAGAUUUGGGGAGUUUUGAGGGAGCUGGGAAAUUGUGAAACUUUUAUAUCCUACUCACAGGUCCCAUUAUGACAACCCGUGGGCUGAACUCGUCCUUCAAACUUAUCUUAUUUGGUCUGAUAAUUUGAAGUAGUCAUCACCAACCUAAAAUUUGGAGAGUUUAUAUAAAGUUUUGGACUUGUUUCUCUUUUCUUGAAAAAUCAGCAGAUUUAACAACACCAGUUUUCCAUUCCUGCAUGAUGACACUUGGCUGGAGCCAACAGUGAGCUCUUCCCUUUGGAUGGGGUUUGUACUUUCUAGCCACUGCACUCUCUGGCUGGCUACCUUCAUUCCCUUGCGUUCUUUCGUGGGUGGUGCCUGAAGGCAUUUGAGUUUGUAACCCUUGAGGUGUGAUAUUUCCAGGGAGACAGAGGCCUAGUUUGAGAGCCAAAAGCAUUUGCUUCUACCCCUCAGCCAAGAUCACUACACUGCAGCAGAUGCCUUGGAUGCUGGAUUGUCUGGUUUUAAGUGAGAGACAAAACCUAAAAGAAGGAAUGAGAAAGCAGAGAUUCUUACAGCUUUUUAAAUUCCUUCUUUCUAAUGGGUGUUCAGAUCCCAGGGCUUGGAACUUUUACUUUCAUGAGACAAAAAAUUGACGUGGGAAACAACAAGUUUAUUCUGAUUCAGAGACCCAUAUUUAUCAUGGCAGAGAAGUUAGUACGGACCCAUGAACUCAAACAAAACAAAACAUACAUUCCUGGUGAUAUUCCCGUUGUUCCACUUAAUUUUGUCACGAUAUCCCUGCAGUGUCCAUUUAGCAGGGAUACAGUGGAAAGCUGUGUGAAAGAAACUUUGCUUUUUUUAUCACGAUCCAUUUCCACCAAACCAAAUGUGGAGUUUACUUUCAAAGGAAUCGGGAUCCUCACGAUUAAAGGCGGCAAAGUGAAGAUGAGAUUUUAUAAGGAUUUCCUUUCUAAAAUGGAUGGAACUGGGGCUUUGGCAGAAGCCCUCACAAAUAGGCCUGGCACUGUGGACUCCGUGUUGUCCAGCAGAGAGAGCUCAGAGAAGCAAUCCAAGUGUGGGUGUGCAUUUCCAAGGAUUGAGAUCAAGACGUUGGACAAAAAACCACCUAUGGAGACCAUUGUAGAGGAAGAUGAAAAUGAAAUGAAUGGACAAGAGAAGUGCGAAUUAAAAGACCAUCCAAGCAAAGAAGGCGUCAGAGAGAUCAUAACACACAAGAGACUUCGAGAAAAACAUGCUCUCUCUCCUUUCAAAGUGACAAACAUCAGCUUUCCAAACAUGGCGGAGCAGAAUGUUAGUGGUGGUAAGAGUGUGAACCGUGAAAGCUUAUCAUCUCCACGUUAUUUGAAAGAUUACAAUAAAAUGAAGCAUAACAUUUCUCCAGCCACUGGUUGCCAGGAUCAUACUAAGGCAGGGCAGGAAUUGUGUUAUGUGUGUUUGCAACGAGCGCUGCGCAAUUUGCCACGACACCACAGCAGUGACAGGAAGAGAGGGGAGAGAGAAAAUGAGCAACACAUUCGGCAGUAUCAAAUGAUGAAGGAUCAAGAGGAGCUCCAGAAACACCAGAUGAGAAAUCUGGCUAAUAGAGCACAGAAUCAAAAAAAUGCUGCCUAUAAUCUUGGAGUUGCUGAAGCUAUAAGAAUCCACAAGAAGGAGAAACCUGAAUUUUGUAAAUCUUUCCUAUUUGAUAAACGGCCACUCAGUUCUGAGAUUAAUGCUUUUAAACAAGAAGAAUAUUCCCAAAGUCUCCUGAAACAAAUGGAUAACAGACAGGAAAAGCAAAUAAAGCAAAGACAAAACAGAGAGCUGAUGGGCCGCCUAGAACAAAAGCAUCUCACAGAGGAACUUGAUGCACAGAGAGCCAAAUACAUCAGAGAUAAGAUGGAAGACACCCAGUGUUAUAAGAGAGCUUUGGAUGCACAGAUAAAGAAUAAAUCCAUGCAAAUGUCCACGUUUGAGCCAGAGCCUUGUGAACCCAUCUUUGCUAAGGAUGAGAGUGAAAUGAUGGUGCAAAAGCGAAAGCGAGACCAGAAAUACAUGAAGCACCAGAUGGAGACCGCUGCUAGCCAGAAAAGAAGAACCAUCUUGCAGCACCUGGUGGGCCAGAAGCAGGAUUUGCAGAUGCUUCAGAGGACACAAAAAGAACACCUGGCAGACAGAAAGGCUGAGAUGGAGCGGGUGAAGAGAAUGAACGAGAGCUUGCUGAAGGACUGGGAAAGGAGCACCGCAAUGAAGAAACAGCGGGACAUGGAGGAGAAGGCUUUGCAGCGGUCUGCAAACAAGCUCUUUAUCCUGGACCAGUGCGAGAGAUAUUUGCGCUGCAAGCAGUGCCAGAGGAGCACCAACAAUAAGGGCAGGAGCAACGUGUGGCCAUUCAACCAGCACCUGCCUGGCUCGCGGUUCUUUUCAUAAAACCCACCGCUUGGAUCUA